AUGACUUCACAAACUACCUUUCCAGAAAGCCGAAAUUGCCGCAUUUGGGCUGGGGAGCAACCCAAAGCCAUUCAAGAACAACCAUUACAGCCAUUACAUCCAUUGAGAACAACCUUCUUCAGAGAUGAGUCUGGCGCUAAUGUAACAGUGAAUGGCGAACGCUAUCGCGCAAUGAUAAACGACUUUUUGAUGCCGGAAAGUGAAGCCCGUGAUCUCCACAAUAUUUGGUUCCAACAAGGCGGCGUUACUUGCCACGCAGCCCGUGAAACAAUGAAUUUAUUGCGAGGUUGUUUCGGGGUAUGCAAAGUCUAAAUGCGUUGUAGAUAAACCAGCUUUGAUCGAGGCAUUGGAAACCAACAUUACUUCUUCUUCUUCACGAUAUACCGGCCGAAGUCCUCCAGCGAGUCAUUCAAAAUUGGUGUUUACGGAUAGCCGAAUUACGGUGCAAUUGCGGCCAACAUAUGAAAGGAAUUAUCUAUUAUAUAAAAAGUAAAUGUUAUGAAUGGCUCUACACAAAAAUAUUAAA